CAAACAAAAAUCUGGAAAAACCUCUUUCCACUGUCACAAUCAACUGUCAAUGUCAUCAAUCCCACUUUUCCGCAGAUACACAAUUAUCGGCCAUGUUCAAGAACAAAUCCUCUCUAAAUUAAAAUUACCGUGAAAAAUGUGCAGUAACAAACAUGUAGGAAGACUUAAUCUCGACGAGUCUCAGUACGACCAAGAUACAUACUGGGGUCGUUUCCGCCACUACUUUCAACGAACCAACCCCUUUAAUCUUUUCACUAGCUCCGAUACAUUGGAGGAUUCCAAAUGUCUAUACCUCAAAUAUCGAUGUGGGGAGCCUUUGGCGGCUGACGUAACCGAAGAUGAAAUUUGGAGAGCCAAAGCCUUGUUUGAGUCGGCUUACAAUACAGAAACCGGCGAAAAAAUAAGCUUUUGGGCACGGCCAGCGGCUUUUGUCCCCGUCAAUAUGGUACUAGCUGGAGGGAUGAUGGCGUAUUAUAAGUCCACUCCAGGGGUGGUGUUCUGGCAGUGGUUGAAUCAAACGUAUAAUACUUGGGUUGGUUAUAAGAAUAAAAGCUCGGAUGACGAAAUUACUAACACGCAAUUGAUUACGAGUUAUGUGGUGGCGACUGGUACUGCUAUCGGUACUGCAUUGGGGUUAAACCGGCUUUUGGUGAAUUCGCCAUCUUUGGUGGGGCGGUUUGUGCCGUUUCUGGCCGUAGCGGCGGCGCAUUGUGUCGGUACGCCGCUAUUGAAAGCUCAGACACUAAAGAACGGUACUCCGAUUUAUGACGAUUGUCACAACAAAUUGGGGUAUUCGAAAAAUGCAGCAUAUGCUUCUAUUAGUGACUCUAUUGUGAACAAAAUUUUUAUCGCCAUGCCCCCCAUGAUACUGACUCCAUUGAUGAUGAAUUAUUUAGAAAGAAGAGGUACUUUGUGUCGGUACCCUUGGUUGAAUUUUCCCGCCCAUGCUGGUUUUGCUGGUCUUUGUCUGACUUUCCUCUCACCAUUAGCCUGUGCCUUGUAUGCCCAAAGGGCUCACAUGCCUUACAAACACUUAGAAACCGAUAUGAGGGAAGCUCUAUGUAAAAAAUUCUACGAUCGUCCCCCUAAAUACGUUUACUACCAGCAAAAUGUCUAGUUCCGUCUACUUAAAAUAAAAUACUGUUGCUAUA